GUCAUUUGUGGAAGACACACACAGUUUGGAAGGAAGACUGACAGGCUUUGGAUGGCAGACUGGCAUUCACCUUCUCUUCACAUAGGUUGGCAGCGUCAGUAAGUAAGCUCCAGUGACACAUACAGAACGAACAUUGCUGAACAUAAUUUAGUUGCAAUGAAAAUAUAUCAUCAAAACUAACAGUAUUAGUGCUGUCUGAAACAACUGUGGUUCACAAUGCUUUCAAAAGGUAAACUGGGAGAAGAUGAUAUCUACUGUGCCUGCCUCUCCAAGUCAUUAUGCCAAAUCUCCACACCUGUGACAGUUGGUUUAUAUGCCCCAUUUGGAAGUCGAGUUUACAUGCUUCUGGAUCGAAUAACUAAAUGUAUGAGGGAGGUGUCAAUGUAUGUAACAGAGAAGGAGGAGGCAACAUCUGGACAGACUUCAAGAAAACCAGUGGGAUGGGGCUUUAUGUCCCUGCUCUGGCACCUCCUUUUCUACUGCCCUGUGAUUACUGAACACCACCUGGAACGAAAAAGCAUUGAAUUUAUUUUUGUCAACUUCAGCGCUUGGCAGUAUGCCGGCAGUGACCGGCUUUGGGCUGGCUUGGUUACCACUCUCUGUGACCGUGUCCGGAAACAUUUUGGUGCAAUCCCACUCACUGUUUUUAAAGUCUUGGGCACUGCUCCAAGAAGGAGUCUAGAAUCUGAAAUUACAGAAUGGAAGUUUAAGAAGUCCUUCUGCAUUAAGCUUGUGAUUGUUUUACUCCUACUCCUCAUUGGGUUACUCCUUCUUAUUGUGCCUGUGCAUUCAGCAUCCAAUGGGGGAGAUGACAAGGUCACCACUGUAUUUGGGAGUCUUGCUACAUUAGUAUCUGGCUCAGGUAUUAUUAUGACACUCUAUAAAUUGGUAAAGGGUGUCAUAAUAAGUCAAAAGCAUAAAAUUGAACGUCUGGUCAACAGUCAAAAGUUUAGUACCCAGAUGGGCUUCAUGAGUGAAGUAAAAAAAGAGGUAGAAUUGAUCACGCAAAUGGUCCAGACCAUGGAGAUCUUUCAGAAACAAAAAAUUCGUGUUGUUCUGCAGAUCACUAGUCUGGAGCUCUGUGCUCCAGAUAAAGUAGUAGGUGUGCUUGAUGCUAUGAACACGCUGUUGUCUGACCGAAGAGCACCAUUUAUUUCUAUCUUAGUGGUUGAUCCUAGCAUCAUUGUUACUUGCCUAGAAAAUGCCAGCUCACUUAAAGGCAUGGCAGACAAUGGUUACAUGUUCCUUAACCGUACAGUUACUUUGCCCUUUUCAGUGCCAGCUUUAGGUAAAAAGACUAAACUUCAGAUCCUUAGAAAGGCUGUUCAGAGGACAGAAGACCUUAUAGACUGGCCUUGCAGAAAUGAUGCGCUUCGAGUCACCAAAACAGGUAUUGCUGAAACAGUUAAACUGCUUAAAGAUGAACUAGCAGAGGAAGAAGAACCAGAGGUACAGACAAAUUACUUUCAAACACUUCGCUGCAUUCAGGAAACAUUUUAUGCACUAUACAGUGAAAGGGAGGUUCUGCAUGAAUAUAUCCCUGAUAGCAUUUGCCAAAUGAAACGGAUUGUUAACACUAUUCCAGUCAUGGUUAACUUGAUGAUGCUAUGCAAAGUCCCACUGGACAAUCUAUCACCCAAGUCUCUAGCUGCUUGGGUUGUACUUUGCAAUCAGUGGCCUUGCCGCCUGAGUUGGAUACUGCAGUGUUUAGAGGAUGAGGAGCAGAGAAAUUCCAAAGAAUCAUUCUGCAGCUGCUUAUUAUGGGAUGUUUUUAAGAAGAACAGCAAGGAACUCUUUUCCUUAAAAACUGGUCUAAAAAACCUCUUAGACUUGGAUGAAGACCCAGAAAUUUUUCAAAAAUUCUUGUCACAAGAUUUUCCCUUUACUGCAGAGGAAUCCAGAAGACUUAUGAGGUUUACAGUUAAUCUGGAUUUUUCAAUGAAGAAUAAGAUGGGACUUCUAAGAGGAAUAAACAAUCUUCAGAAUGACUGGAAGGAGCUUGAGGUCAGAAAGGAUGAGGCUGUACCAGAGGAAAAUAGGGACAAAACACAAGCUGAGUGCAGUCAGUGCAGGGAAAGUGUCAACAAGGUUAGAGAUGUAAAUAAAAAUGCUGAAGAAUUUACAUUGUGUAGGAGACAAGGUUGUAAAAAAAUAAAGUGUACAAAAGAUGGUAAUGAAGAGCAAGAAGACUGCAGAACAGAAGUUCAGAUAGACAUGGUGGAUGCAUCACCUGAAAGAAUACAGAAAAAAGAGGAUGAUUUAACUACACUGGAGUCACAGACAAGAGAUGCCAUUUUAUGCAUAGUAGAAGAGGAAGCUGGUUAUGCAUUGCAGGUUCAAAAGAGAUGGAGUGUAUUUCAAAGUACAGAAGAGUUCCAGAAUGUCCAAAACAUCUGAAAACCAUUGCUUAAAGGAAUCCAAUGAACUGUAAUACAAUUUUUAUUUGUAUUGUCACAGGCAUAUCAUAAGAAUUGCAGGAAACACUGUGUGGCAUUUAAAAAGGCACAUUGAAAUAUAGAUGGCGUUAUGGGUAUACAAGUUUAUUAAAACAGCAGUAAGUAAAAGGAAAGCUCACACAAAGCAAAGAAAAGCCUUUCACUAUGGAAAAGCAACAUUUGUUUUUAAAUAAGUAUAGUGUAGAUACAUUUCAGUUUAUGGGCUCUAGCCAAAAUGGAGGCUAUAGAUCUGAGCACUAGAGCAGAACAGCCCCUCUAGCAUUUGACUGACUAAUGCCAGGCUGAGCCUGUCUGCCUUUCAUAUCCUCUACUUAGCCUUCAUAAUACUGGGUUAUAAACCAUAUAGGGAUGGUUUAACGAAGGGGCUGUGGCACCAGCCUGCUUAAAAAAAUAGCCCUUAAUUAAGACCUAACGGUGGAGCAAAGUACUAGAGCAAGAGUCCUCAAACUUUUUUGACAUGGGGCCAGUUCAUGGUCCCUCAGACUGUGGGGGGCCGGACUGUAGUAUUGAAGAUCCCUGUACUAGAGCAAAUAUAGAUAACAAAUAUAUUUAUGCAAAUUCGUUUUUGUUCUGGAAAUAAAGAUUUUUUUUUGUUCAGGA